AUGUACUCUACAGUAGGAAUGAAUACAGUUGCUUCUCAAUUAUCUAAAAAGGAACCUAAUGAUAAAGAAAUUCCAGACAACAAAAACAUUAAUGCUCAAGAGGUAGUUAGAUAUACUUAUUGUUCAACUAUAAUUAGAAUCCUAUAGAGAUGAACAGUAUAAAAGAUUCUACAAAUAAACAAAUAACAUAAAUUAAUACCAAUCCAUCAUUAUUCAAAAUAGAAAUAUUCAUUGAACUAUGCACUAUGACCCUAUUUAUAUACACAUAUUAUGAGUUUUUUACUUAGUACGAAUAAUUGCCAUCAACUAUAGAUAUCGAUUUUGGAUCCAGAUCAUCAUUUGAAUAAGUAAAUAAACAAUAUUUGAUUAUUAUAUUAAUAGGAGCAACCUUCCUAUUAAUCUUAAUUUCAAGUUUAUAAAUGUUCACUCAUAAAUUUAAGUAAGAUGUAACUUUUAAUUUUUAGAUACAGGGUUGCAAUCACUCCACAAAACUCGGAAUUCAUUUUCAGAUAUACACGUUUAUUUCUAAGCUCCGAGAAACUAAUUACAAUGGGAUUAUUUAUGUAUGACACAAUUUCGAUAUUUAAAAUAAUUCAAAAAUAAUGGCAACCCCUAUCUUUGUAUUUAUCAGCAAUUUUUAUUUUACCUUAUAUAACAUUUUGGAUGAUUUAUAAUAAAAUGAUGAAUUAAAUUGCUGAUAAUCAAGAUGAAUGA